UUUCCGUUGCUUUAGCAGAAACGCAGAACGAGGAAGGGUGUGGACGCAUUGUCGAACUGUGGCGAACCGAGAAAGUCGUCGUUUUCGCUGAUAUGAAGGUGGAUAUUUAUCCAGGCCUGCACUGAACCGUGGACAUGGAGAAGACGGCGGCGUUGUGGCUUCUGUUUGCGGGGCUGAAUUUCGCUCUGGCCAAAGAUAUACCGGAAUACUUCAUGAAGGGCGGCAAACUGACGCUGGAAUUGAGGCCUCCAUCUUCUGAACCUAUCAACUACAUCCUGUGGAAGUUCGAGGGUAACCUGCUGGGUGAAUGGGUGAAAGGUGUAGUUGACUUGACCUAUUACAGCACCUUUCAGGGCCGCACAACCCUGGACACAAACACUGGACGUCUGGAAAUCAGCAACAUGACUAAAGCUGACGUCGGGGUGUAUUCAGUGGAGAUCAACAACAAGCUCCAGCCUGAUCAAUAUAAGGCUGUGUUAAUCAAAGCAGUCACCCAGCCUAAGGUAGUAAUAAGACCCUUGAUAUGUGGCUCUACCCCGGAGAGGUGUACCGCGACCUGUGAAGCAAACACCACAGAUGCUGGACCCGUCACCUACAGCUGGAAGAUGGGAGACGAAGAGUGGAAGCAGUCGGACGAGAUCAUAGACAUCACCAAGGCUGACACUGCGGAUGUGAAGACCUUUACAUGCCGGGUUAAGAACCCACUCGAUGAGAAAGAAAGUGAACGCGAAAACAACCCGCUCUUCGGGAAGGACACGCCUGACGGCCUCGGUGCUGGGGGGAUUGCGGGUAUCAUCGUUGUGCUCAUCGGGGCUGCUGCUGCUGCGACGGGUGUGGCGUGGCAUCAGAAGAAAGGCCCCUUCAAGAAUCGAGGCAGCCCUAACACUGAUAAUGCAGCUGAAAAUGGACAGACACUUAAUAAAGUCACCCCAGACGAGGACACUGCAGCUGAAAAUCGAGAGUCACCUAAAGUCACUCCAGACGAGGCCCUUGCAGCUGAGAAAGUUCCUCUCAAGAGUCCAGAAGCCCCAAGUGCAGACGGAAACUAAAUCCCAUGAAGUACUGGAGCUAUAUUUCUCAUGGAGACACCAUCAGAUUUGUCCUCAGACUGUUUUUACUGCAUACAUGUCAAGACAACAUCCAUGUUUUUAUUAGCACUCAAGCUGUGUGCAUCAUCAACUGUUACUGGCAGCAGAUUUUCACACUGUUGUCCCAAAGCAGUGAAGCUGGUCUGACAACAGACACAUGGUGUAUGUGUGUGUAGGUAUUUGCUCAUGGGAGCUGGGCGGUGUAGAACAAAAGUAAUUAUGAGACAUAAAAGAAGGGAAGAUAGAUUGAUUCGUAGUGUUAGAACAAACACACAUGAUCCAAAAAAUAUACGCCCAGCUCUGACAAAGCCAUGUUUUAUUAUUUUUAUUGUUUUGCUAGUGACCAGGGUGGACUGCAGGAAAUACAUGUGAGCAAGUGUAAUACUCUUGAGAUGAUGAGGUCAUUGAAGCUGAAAAAAAAAUGCUUUGGUUGUAAUAACUCGCCCGCCAUGGCUGUGGCGGUAUUUUAUACCCUGCUUCACUCGACAGUGAAAGAAGAUGGAGGUUGGAGACUAACUGAAUGUGCCUUGUGUAGACAUAUUGUGCUUUUGAGAUGAGCAACAGAAGCGAAAAGAUGACUGAUGACUUUCAAGUGCAUGUUCAGGGUUGAUGCAGCAGCAUAUUUGGACCAUCUGUAUUUAUGAUAUGAAUAAUCUGAAUCAGUCUGCUUAAAGUUGUUUGUAAUCAUCUGAUUUUAUAUAGUGUUUUCUGUAAUUUGUGCUCUUUUUAGCUUUUAUCUGUGUUUUAUCCUCCUUUUCUUCAGUCGAGUAUCUUCCUGUUUGCACUUCAUGAAUAAUGUAAAGAUGAGGAAAACGAGCUUUUAAUGUCGCUGGUUUUUAAUUUAUUUUAUUAGGUUUUUUAAAGAUGGAGUGCCUUUUAAAUAAAUCUGUGGCUCUACUA